AUCCCUCCAUAUCUGCAAUGUCCCGGGUGUCAGAGGGAGGACGCCGGAUCGGGAGAGCAGCAUGGCAGCAGGAGACCAGCAGAUAAUACCAAGCACGGGAGGCACUCGAUUAUACCAGUUGUCGGAACAGCAGAACAAACAAACUACACCGCCUGAGAAACCUCCCUCCUAGGAUUCUUUACUGCCCGCCCCGCGGAGGUAACACUAUAGUUAGUACUUUUACCGCAAGCAUCGGUCUCCGGAAAGAUGGCCGCUAUCUGCAGACCACACAGUCUGAUUCUGGCACUUUCUAGAACUGUUACCUAUUGGAAAAGGCCCAGUGAGGGCGUGAGAGCGGCGGUGACGUCCCUCUCGGCGGCGGAAGGUUCCAGAGUUCUGUGGCUUCCCUGCUGCUGGUUGCUGCCGCUCAAUAGAUCCGGUUUCUUCCUGGGAUUGGCGGCGGUGCUUCAUCAUAACCUCUCCGCGAUGGACUCUGCUGCUCUACUGGAGCUUCAGAAGGAUCUGGAAGAAGUGAAGCAGCUGCUGGCGAUGGCUACGAGGAAACGAGUGCGGGAUGUGCUACUUGUGGAACAACGGAAGCUGGAGACAGAUAUAUUGUUUAAAGCGCAGCAACAGAUAGGGGACUCUGUGGAAGUGCAGAAGCCGUCUGCGAUUGUGCCUCCUAUGUCCAGCUGUUAUACAGUGAAAAUCAACAACUACGGGUGGGAUCAGUCUGACAAGUUUGUGAAAAUCUACAUUACUUUGAAUGGAGUUCAGCACAUCCCAGCUGAUAAUGUGCAGGUCCAGUUUGCAGAAAGGUCCUUUGAAUUAUUAGUGAAGGAUCUAAAUGGGAAGAAUCACACCAUGACUGUCAACAACCUGCUGAAGCCCAUUUCUCCUGAAAAUAGCUCCAAAAAAGUAAAGACAGAUACUGUGCUGAUAAUGUGCAGGAAGAAAGCUGAAGGCAAAUGGGAAUUUUUGACACAAGUUGAGAAACAAACAAAGGAAAAAGACAAACCAUCACUGGACACGGAUGGAGACCCCAAUGCAGGUCUUAUGAAUGUUUUGAAGAAGAUCUAUGACGAUGGAGAUGAUGAAAUGAAGAGAACAUUGAAUAAAGCGUGGGCGGAAUCUCGAGAGAAACAGUUAAAGGGUGACAUGGAUUUCUGAUGAGAGAGUCUUGUCAUCACUUUGCCUUAAAUAAUUCCUCAGUACAGGGACAGACCUUGCUUUAAUACCAGUAGAGUUGAUCUCUACAAUUCCAUUGUUUACAAUCCAGUUCCUUCCCAGCAUGUACCGAGUGCGGUUUCUGUAUCUCAUUCUGACUGGACUAUUAAAUGCCACACAAACAUUUUAGCCAUACUGUCCUAGUUUCCUGUCUUUGGGUUCAGUCAGUGUCCACCUGUGUCUUGUUGAUUGUUUUUUGGGGAGGGGGGUAGGAUUUAUUUUGUAAAAAAUGUGAAGGAAUUAGAAAUGUUUUCCUUGUCUAUUAAAUUCUGCCAAAUAAGGACAGCGAUUUCA